GAGCAGUCUGCCGCAGCUGGACCAACUCCCGAGCACACGGGACCAGGACAAACCCGGCCUACAGACUAACAUAGUGUUAUCACAGUCAGUCUUCAGUAAAGGUCUUCACCCACCAUGAGAGACUACUCAGCCGCCCCGGGCAACGGCGGCGCCUGCAUGCCAUGCUGCCAAGUGUGCGUCUUCGUCUUUACCGCAUUUCUCGUGGUGGCGGAGAGGACGGCAGUGAUCUACUGCUUUGUGUACUAUCUUUGGACUGGUCACAACUACUGCUAUGCCCAUCUUGCCGGCUUCACUGCGCUGUUCCUGCUGCCAGGUUGGGGUCCUCAGUGGCUCAGUUACUUGUGGUACCUGUCAGAUGGACGCAUCCGCAGGAAGUCUCUCACCUGGACACACAUACUACACCUUGGUAUCUUCAAAAGGUUGUGGGAGUGUAUAUGUCUGCCAGAUGAAGAUGUGUAUGGGGAGAUCAUGCAGCAGGCCGAUGUGUCUGCCUUGCGUCUGUUUGAAGCCUUGGUGGUUACCCUGCCUCAGACUCUUCUGCAAACCUAUGUGCUCAUCUGUACUGACAUAGGGAUCAAGUCUCCAGCCUCAGUGUGUUUUGUGGUGUGUUUGUUAUCUCUGGCCUGGGCCUUGGUCCUCUAUGCCAGAGCCUGCUCACUCAUCAGACCAGGACAUCUACAAAUGACCCCCGCUGCCAUCCUCUGUCGACUGCUGUGGAGGGUUGGUAUGUUGGGAUCUCGAUUUGCCGUUCUCAUGCUCUUCACACGAAUCUUCAAACAAUGGAUCCUGGGAGUCAUUGGUGUGCACUGGCUGGGAGCAACUUUCUGGAUGGUAUCCCAGCAGACUGACAUCAUACGCUCAACAAGUCGAUGGAGAAUCUUCAACCUGGUCCUGGGAGCCGUUCACAUCUUCCUUUUCCUGAAUGUGAAGUACGGUCAAUCCAGAUACCGCAUGGCAGGAUUCUACCUGGCCAUGUUCUUAGAAAACGCUUUUCUUCUCCUGGCAUCCUCGUGGUUGUUCACCAUGGUGUCCUGGGAUACAGUGGGGAUCCCAGCUGCUAUCUUCUGUAGCUUCCUCAUUGGUUUGAUAGCGUUGGUGCUGUACUAUCGUUUCCUCCACCCCAAGUCUUUCGAGAUUUUUCAAAGUAUUCGCCAUAGGGGAAUAGGUGGAGCCUGCAUGGAGCGAGGAUCUACACUCUCAUUGGAGGAGAAAGUCACACCCUCUUUCCAUCGCCAUGCAACACUGUCUGGGGGCGGGACCUUAAUGGAUCUCCCUAUCCAAUGGGAGGGCUGGAAACAUCACCACUGGCUGCUGAUUCGCUUGGCCCUGAAGACAGGAAACGUAGCUAGCAUCUGGUCUGCCUAUGGUGAAGGGGGUCUGGCGGGACUGAUGGGUCUUUCGGAAGAAGUCCACUCCCCUGAUGAAAUUCAUUUCCCUCAGAUCCCACCAGUUCAACUGCCUGCUCCUCGGAUCUCACAACCAGCUCAACCAGCUCCACCACAGGUGACCCAGGUUCCACAGGUACAGGAGGUAGUCCAGCCUCCACAGCCAGCUCCCAGCACUGUCGUAGCCCGACCAGUGAGAAGAGCUCCGCCCACGACAAUCCAGGACAUGAGGAGGUUUCCAGAGAUCAUCCCGUUCCAGGAGGUCAUUCCUGAAGAGAGCGCCGAAGACGAGUGCAGCGCUCCACUGUCAGCCUCACUGUCAGCUUCAGUGUCAGCUCCACUGUCAGAGGAAAAAGGUGAUGAGGAGUAUCAGAGUGCUGCUUAUGGCUCGCCAACGCCUUCAUCACCAUGCCUAGGGAGCCUCCGUCAUAUCGACAGCCAGGCUGCGACGCUGACCGAAGCCUCGUCCUCCGUGUGCUCUCUGGACAUCAAGACCCCCGCCUGGUCACCAGAGCGGCGAUCACCUCUCCUGAUUGGUUCCCCUGAGAAGAAACUAUCGGUCCCUGGAGAGUCCAGCACCACUCUGUACUUCAGCGCAGAAGCACAAUCUCCCUCCAGUGGGAGCUAUCUUGGCUGGGGCUCUGAGUUGUCGCCCAUCUCCACCUACAGAAGUCCCUACCGCAUCAGGGAGGCUCGUUUUGUCACCUCCACCCCACAACUGGAGCCCCGAGCUGAAAGUCCGAGCCUGGCCCCUGUGGUCAUCAUUCCUGCUACACCUGGUACAACACCAGGCCCCACUCCAGGAGGAUCCCCUAGUGCGUCCACACCUGUGGCUUCUACGCCUGCAGCUUCUGCAUCUGCUGCUUCUACACCCGCAGCUUCGACUCCCGGGUCUUUGACUCCUGGUGGUACCACUCCAGGAGCAACGACCCCCAUAGUUCCACUCACUCCGGUCAUCUCACACGCUCGCAAACAGAUGGUGCAGUUUGUGGGCACCAGAGAGAGGAUGGUGUAAGGUCGGGUAGGUGAAAGGAACAACAGGGUGGGGAAUUGUGUCUUUUUAAGUAGUUCAGCUAAGGAUAUAGCUCAAGUCCACUAUUUACUUAUUUAAAGAAGGCUUGGUGGGGAACUAGGCGGCUUUUCUGCUAAGCUUAAGUCAGUCUUAGAGGAUAUAUAGUGUAUAUCAUUAUUUAUGUUUUCUGCUGAUACAGAUAUAGCGGUUCAUUUAGCAAAACAUGGGAAUACACGGGAAGCACAGUGGCAAACCACCACUGCAUUAAAUUGUGCUUCAUUCUCAAAAGUGAUAGUUAUCACCCUGCUGUACAUACCAGUUUACAUAUUAGUCAUUCUUUUUUGAUAGGUGUUGUGAAGAUCCUUGUUGCUGAUUUGGCAGUUGGGUUGAGGCGCCUGCAACCCCUCACACACUAAAAUGAAUAUCCUGUGGGCAGUAUCUAACUAUUUUUUUAAGACCUUAAAACCAAGAUUAUGUUCUCUACAUAUAGUACAUUACAUUACAAUACAUUACUCUACAUAUAGUGAUUUACAGCAGAUUAGAUUAAGGUUGCUGGGGGGGGAUUUAUGUGGGGCAUCAUUUUCAUUUUGAUACACUUACACUUUCCAGUUACACUUGGAAAUUGUAAACUUUCAAAACGGACAACAAACAGACUUAAAAUCAGCUUAUUCAGACUGUGCAUUAAGUUUUCAUAAGAAUGAUUUGAUUAUUAUGAUAAAAUUAAGAAAACAAAAGCAUAAGUAUCCAUGUGAAUCAAGGGAAUAAUCUGAAAGACGUUGGAACUCGGUGAAGAGUUAUUUUUAAGAAAAGCAGUCAACUAUACUUGUUUACAAUAAUCAAACAUGCUGUCUGCAGGCAGCUGAGCACACGCUCCUCUAACAUCCCUCACCUACAGUAUGCCUGUCUCUUUAUCAAAACUGGUGAGAUCGGAGUUACACAAUGGGACUAAUAAUCUGUUAUGAAUUACAUAGAUUAUACCUUAAAACUUAAAUGUCAUGGAUAUCAUUCAGUAUCACUUGAUUGAAAUGAUGUUGAAUAUAGUUGAGUUUUGUCCUUCAUCAGUCUGUCAGGUUCUUAUGUGUGUAGAGUACAGCAGAACACGGUCUGUGUUAACACACAUUACUGACACACAAACACAAACAGACUUCUUAUUUACCACUUGUUGUCAAAUCUAGUCAUUCAUAUGAUUGUCUUUAUCACAUAAGCAAGCAACAAGGUGCAAAGGUUAGAGUAAAAAAGUUAUCAAAUGGAAAGCUUGCCUUUGCUACUUUCAGCAGCACUGAUUUCAGUCGGUCAAAACUUUAGCACAGAAACAACUCAACUUGAUUUACAGCCACUGGAGUCACCUGUAGCAUUUCGUUAUUGUGAAUACGCAAAGAGAAAACAUGAAAUCUGACAGUGAAAAUGGGCAAUAUAGAAAAAUAAAUACUAUGAUGUGUUUUCAAUAAUAAUAUGUAUUUAAUUUCUUUAAAGUUUGUUUUUUAACUAUUUUUUAAUUACUUUGUUUUAUCUGUUUUAUUGAUCACGUAUCUGAUAUUCAUUGCUCUCUUUUAAGAUUUUGUGUUGACCCAAAUAAUUGUUGAAUGUCUUAACAAACACAGAAUGUGAGACAUACAAGACUGUACUUCCUUAACAAAUAUUUUAUUCUCAUAGGUUGACCCCCCCCCAAAAAAAAAAAAAA